CGAGCUCGACAGGCUCCAUUUUGUGAGAAGCUGACUAAGCUGAGUCGAGCGUCGCUCCCGUGAAGAGGCACAACCCCGAAACGACAAUAGAACAGUCCAAGUUAGCCGACGAACCGCUCGCUAACCAAGUUAUUAUCCGAAAGGAAAGCAAAUCUUAUCGUAUGUCCGGUAUCCAGAACCUCCAACGUUAUGACCCCUUUGCUGAUGCAACUAAGGGUGAUGACCGCCUCCCAGCCGGGACAGAGGACUACAUCCACAUAAGAAUCCAACAGCGGAACGGCAGGAAGACCCUCACUACUGUCCAGGGCAUCUCCGCCGACUAUGACAAGAAGAAGCUAGUCAAGGCUUUCAAGAAGAAGUUUGCCUGCAAUGGGACAGUGAUUGAGCACCCAGAGUACGGUGAAGUGAUCCAGCUGCAGGGAGACCAGCGCAAGAAUAUCUGCCAGUUCCUCAUUGAGAUUGACUUGGCCAAGGAGGAGCAGCUCAAAGUCCACGGCUUCUAGAAGCUUCUUGCAGCCCUCUCCCCUCCUGGAAGGCCAUUAAACUCCCCCAUCCCCCUCUCUUCCCCUUAUCCUAUGUGCUGCUGUUGCUCUUCCUCCCCCCUCUCCCCUUGCAACCCCACCAGCUCCUAUUAGCUAACACGUGAAUUACCUCUGACAAACAUGGGACUCUGUAACACCACCGCCCCGCUACGACACCAGGGGGUAGGCCCGCUCUCGCAAAGACACACCACUGCAGCUCCACACAACAUCAGGGAUGAGUGGUGAUGACCCUCCCUCACACACUUCCUCCUUCCUCGUCCCCUUUGUUUAUUUCCUUUUAAAUUUUUUUCAUUUUAGGUCUCGUGCCAUGUUGCGGAGGCACCGUUUCAUGUAACGUUUUUGUUUUGUACUUCAAGGUGUUUCAAUAAAACAAUGAGUCUCCAUAUAAGGAGUGGAGUGGUGUCCUGGGGUGGGGGCUGGGUGUGUGCAGGAGGGUCUCAGGUGUACUACAGUGUUUACUGCUGAAGUUUGAAGACUGCAGGAGGGAUGUAGGAUGUUUUGUUUGCCAACAUGACUUAUGUAUCUCCUUUGGUUCUGCCUGAGUUCUCCUUUGUUUACUCCACCAGCGGAGCAGAGUAACCGUCAGUACUGACCACCUUCACCACUCCUCCAGCAGAUUUGUUUUUUUUUUUGCUCUUUCUGUUUGAUACAUUUUCUUACCACUUUUUGAUACCAAUCCAAGUAUCAAAGUUGAUGAGCGUUGGGUGGCGGUCGAAGCGAAGCCUGUAACAUGAAGGCUGAAUCAGUUCACAGAUUGACACCAGGGUGGGAAAUGACCUCAACUGCUGGUAUUCUCUGGCUCAGCUUAUCUUGUUAAAUAUUCUUAGAUAGUAAAAUCGAGCCUCUUUGGGGAUUUACUAGCCGGCGACGAGUUUCCUGCUCUGGUGCUCGACCAGCUUUCUGGUUUGGUCCCUCAACAGAUCUGGUACCAAACCUGUGGUUUAUGGACACUUGAAUAUUUUAAUUUCCUGCAAUGCAAUAAUUUAUAAACACGAGUUAAGAUGUAGAGAUGCUGAAGUUCUCCAGUAAAAAUCAAAGCCAUGGCCAGGUCACACUGUGUCACUGUGACUGAAGGUGAUGGAGUCUGUUUUGCAAAUUCCACAUUUGGUUCAAUAAAAUUUCUGCGGUUGAUAA